CAGCGCAGUUCCGCUCCAGUGUUGGCAUGAAACGCCUUCGUAUCUGAAUGAGUAUUAAAAAAAACAGUGCGUACAUUUCAGCUAGUAUAAUUCCGCUUGACUUCUAAUUAUGUGCUGUUGUUCUGUGAUAUUUAAAUGUGCUGUUACUUUAGGUUGAAAAGGCUCUAAACUGUGUCCAUAGCGGAACUCAACAACCUCUAAAAAAAAUCAAAACACACCGUAGAGAGAAUGAGCUGGAGUGGAGACCUGUAAAGACAUGGAUAUCCAAAGUCCUGUGGAACUGUGCAACACUGUGCCUCACGGGUGGGUCAGAGAAGUGAGGCAGCGAAAAUCAGGCAAGACAGCAGGAAAACUGGAUGUGUAUAUAACAAGUCCCUCAGGGCAGAGGUUUCGAUCAAGAUCAUCCCUGCAUGCUUUUCUAGUAAAAAGUGCAGACGAGAACUUGGACAUAAACCUUUUUGAUUUCACCACACCCAAAGAGGAGUUCUCUAGUAGCUCACAGACGCUUCAACCGCUGGGAAAGCAGAGGAGACGAAGGAAAAAGCAGGCAGAUGGACAACAGGAAAAGGCAGAUGAAAAGCUGGAAUCCGACUCAAAUAAACACAAAAGAACAAAUGCUGAAACCAGAAAAGCAGGGGCUGAGGAGGAGGAGGAGGCUUUAAACACCUGUAAUAAUGUACCAGAUGUGACUACACACGUAUUAGAAACUUGCGAGGACGAAAGCGACGCGAGCUGUUCACAAGCUGCAGCAUCUGGCUCGGUGGAUGAUGUGCAGAGGGGCCGUCAUCAGAAGGUGGGGCUGCUGAGGGAGAAGCUGCUCAGGCUGGCUCCUUCUAGUCAACAGCAAAACACCUUCCCUGUUCCGAGCGAAGCACGGGCAGACGCGCAGCCUUCAGCCCCGCCUCCGGGCGCCGAAGCUGCCACUGAGAGCGAGAAGGAAGGUGGGAACGCGCCAGACACAGAUGUUACACCGAUUCACAGCCAAGGUGACAAUGGGUCUAAUUCUGAAGUGACGGAGGAUGCUGACAGUCACAGGGAGGAGGUGGAAGAGGAGGAGGAGGUGUUGCUACCUGACAGCAAUGCUGGGAGCUGCAAACCAGUAAGAAAAUCCCAGAAUAAGUCCAAGAGUUCAGAAGACAAAAGGAAAACAAGCCCUUAUUUCAGCAGGAAACCCCUCAGAGAUGGUAAAGUUCGUGUGCGUACUUGUAGGCAAUCGUGUCUGUGGUUUUGGACAUAUGGAAGCUGUGUCUCCUCAGGCCUCAGCCCACCCAGACGGAAAGCUUUGAGGAAGUGGACACCCCCUCGGUCUCCCUUCAACCUGGUACAGGAAACCCUUUUCCAUGACCCCUGGAAGCUCCUGGUGGCCACUAUUUUUCUAAAUAAGACAAACGGUAGGAUGGCCAUUCCAGUGCUGUGGCGGUUCUUUGAGCGGUACCCAUCUGCAGAGGUGACCCGGGAGGCGGACUGGAAGCCCAUGUCUGAACUCAUGAAGCCCCUCGGACUGUACGAGCUGCGAGCCAAAACCAUCAUCCGCUUCUCAGAUGAAUAUCUAACCAAACAGUGGCGUUACCCCAUCGAGCUGCACGGGAUUGGAAAAUACGGCAACGAUUCCUACAGGAUCUUCUGUGUUGACGAGUGGAAACAGGUGAAUCCUGAAGAUCAUAUGUUAAACAAGUAUCACGCCUGGCUGUGGGAGAACCAUGAAUCACUGGGAAUCUGACCAAUCAGAAGAGGAGUUUACCCCUGACUAGCAAAAAAACUCAGCUCUGAGGUUUUCUAACCGCAUUGUAUCAGUGUCUUAAUGAAUUUGUAGUUUUAAGCCAGAGUUUCUUUGAAUUUCUACAGUGACAUUUUAAAAGUUGCUCCUUGAUUGUCAUGUUUUGCUUCUUGUUCAAUAAAACGUUUUAAGCGGUUUAAAAGUUGUAA